UCUCAAUAGACAUAUGUGCCGAGCAUGGCAAAGAGCGGGAUGUCGUCUGUGGUGACCACUAUCUAUUUUGCUGCAGUGUCUGUGUGGCCCUUAACCACAGGCUGUGUAACAGCAUAAGUCACCUGCCUGACUUGGCCAGAGGUUUCCUGAAGACAGCAGAGUUUAAGCAUCUGCCAGCAACAGUGGACAGUAUGAGGAACAGGCUGGAUGAGCUCAAGAAUAACAGGAUGAAAUACCAAGCCUCAUUGAAAGACUCGUACAAGAACAUCAUUGCUGAAAUCAAGGCUCUCCGCAAAGAAAUAAACCAGAUCUUAGAUAAGGUGGAGAAGGAGACAGUUGAACAGUUGGAUAGCAUGAUGAAAGAUUUAGAGAAGUCUAUUAAAGCUGAUUUAGAAGCCUGUGCUCACAUAUAUGACGAACUCGACACCAUGAUUGAGAAGCUCCAGCAGCUUACUGGCAAAAACAAGGAGACCAAUUCUUUCAUUGGAUUCGGAAAAUGCCAUUCUAAACUGAGUGAAGCCAAUUGUCUUGUGAAGGAAAUACGGGGAAAAGAAAGAGUGGAGUUCAAAUCUGAUGAAAGUGUAUUGCAACUUUUGGGAAAUCUGAGCCGCCUUGGUAAUGUUGCACAUGAUCUUUUCAUUCAUGUUAAUAAGGCUCAGAGUUCAAGGCAUUAUCAGGUUAGAAUAAAGAAUGACAAGAAAACGUGCCUUAUUGAUGGUAUAUGUGAGUUACCCAGUGGAGAAAUGGUUCUGGCUGACCGGAGCAACAAGAGAGUGAAGCUUCUGAACAAGCAGUUUGAGGUCAUUGAUCAUAGUGAUAUGCCUGGUAAUCCUCAACACUUGUGUCACAUCACAGGCAAUGAAGUAGCAGUAGUUGUAUGUGACUGUAUUUCAAAUGAGGUCCACUUCCUCACAGUGACCAAGGAGAAGCUACAAUCAAUGAGAAAGUUCACUACAGACCAUAACUGCGUCUUUAUUGCCCACCAUCAGGGUCAGUUAUAUGUUGGCUCCAUGGAUGGCCUGUACCUGUACACUAUGGCUGGAAGACUCCUUAAGAAGAUUUAUGAAGACUUGUCUGGUUUGUUGGAAGUGUACAGUUGUGCUGUCUCUCCUAGUGGGGAGCGAAUAUAUGUUUCAAAUUAUUAUUCGUCUAAACUAAUAACACUCUGUACAUCUGGUCAAGUGUUAUCUACAGUUAAAGAUCCUACCCUACAAGAUCCAACUGGACUAUGCGUCAGCCCUAGUGGGCAUGUGUUUGUGUGUGGGCAUGGGUCUAACACUGUGGUGCUUGUAGACAAGGAGGGGAGACAUAAGCUAGCCACAGUGGCCAGAAAGGCUGACGGCGUGUAUCAACCUCGUUCAGUGUGGUUCAGUGAAAACACCUCCACCCUCAUUGUUGGGAAUUAUGCGGAUGACGAAAUCACUGUUAUCAGGUUAUGUUGAUCUAGAUUCUACUACGCGAAAGAAACUUGAUACAAGAUGUCUAUGUUUUCUUCAAUUCUAAAAUCUAGCAAGGGUG